GGGUGUGGUAAGUAGAAGGUACGCGACACGUGCUCGGGUCUGGGAGAGUCGGAUUGGGAAACGAAGAGAACAGAGUGGUUUCGGAAACCCUAAGCUUCACGCAUUUGGGGAACCUCCUUCCUCCACUCGCUCAUGCUCCUCGCGUGACCUUCUUCUUCUCUCUCUCUUCAUCUUUCUCUCUCUCUUCUUCACUCUCAACACACAUCGAUCAUCGUCAAAACCAUCGUCAAUCUCUCUUCUUUUCAGGUGUAAUCACAAUGUUAACCAUGUCUGCUGCAACUUCUAUCUACUUGGAAGGGAGGUGUUCAGAAACUCUGGUGAUCAUAUCCUUUUUUCUGAAGGAAAUGAUCGCAUAGUCACAGUAAGAGAGGAUCAGAUGGAACGGAGGAGGUCAUUGAUGUGAAGGGUCUGAAAAUUCUGUACCAUUGAAACCACUGAGCCGAAAGCCUUUUUCGUCAUGGAUAUAGAUCUCCGGUUACCUUCUGGUGAACAUGAUAAGGAGGAUGAAGAAACAACUACAAUUGAUAACAUGCUGGACAGUGAAGAAAAAUUGCAUAAUGGAGGUAUAGAUGGCAGAAAUAUAGUUGAUGCUGGUAUUGAGGUACAUGCUCUAAAUGGUGGAGAUUUGAAUUCACCCACAGUUGAUAUUGUAAUGUUUAAGGAAGAUACAAAUCUUGAGCCACUUUCUGGCAUGGAAUUUGAGUCUCAUGGGGAAGCUUAUUCUUUUUACCAAGAAUAUGCUCGGUCAAUGGGAUUCAACACUGCAAUACAAAAUAGUCGUCGUUCAAAAACAUCAAGAGAAUUUAUAGAUGCGAAGUUUGCUUGCUCUAGAUAUGGAACAAAACGAGAGUAUGACAAAUCAUUUAAUCGACCACGUGCUCGACAGAACAAACAAGAUUCUGAAAAUUCAACAGGUCGAAGAUCUUGCUCUAAAACUGAUUGUAAAGCAAGCAUGCAUGUAAAAAGAAGGUCAGAUGGAAAGUGGGUUAUACAUAGCUUUGUGAAAGAGCAUAAUCAUGAGCUUUUACCAGCCCAAGCAGUUAGUGAACAAACAAGAAGAAUGUAUGCUGCAAUGGCUAGGCAGUUUGCUGAAUACAAAACUGUGGUUGGUCUCAAGAAUGAGAAGAAUCCAUUUGAUAAAGGUCGGAAUUUGGGCCUGGAGUCAGGGGAGGCUAAGCUCAUGCUUGAUUUUUUCAUACAGAUGCAAAAUAUGAAUUCUAACUUCUUUUAUGCAGUAGAUCUUGGUGAAGAUCAACGUCUGAAAAAUCUUUUAUGGAUUGAUGCUAAAAGUAGGCAUGACUAUAUCAACUUUUGUGAUGUAGUGUCAUUUGACACCACGUAUGUUAGAAACAAAUAUAAAAUGCCUCUUGCACUUUUUGUUGGAGUGAACCAGCAUUACCAAUUUACAUUACUUGGAUGUGCCUUGAUAUCAGAUGAAAGUGCUGCCACUUUUUCUUGGCUAUUUCGGACAUGGCUGAAAGGAGUUGGUGGUCAAGUUCCAAAAGUGAUCAUUACUGACCAUGACAAGACAUUGAAGUCAGUUAUUUCAGACAUCUUUCCUAAUUCUAGUCAUUGUGUUUGCCUAUGGCAUGUAUUAGGGAAGGUAUCAGAAAAUUUAGCUCCUGUAAUUAAAAAGCAUGAGAAUUUUAUGGCAAAAUUUGAAAAAUGCAUUUAUCGGUCCUUGACCAGUGAUGAUUUUGAGAGGAGAUGGUGGAAAAUUGUUGAUAAGUUUGAACUUCGAGAGGAUGAAUGCAUGCAGUCAUUGUAUGAAGAUCGAAAGUUAUGGGCACCAACAUUCAUGAAAGAUGUUUUCUUAGGUGGUAUGUCUACUGUCCAGCGAUCUGAAAGUGUAAAUUCCUUCUUUGACAAAUAUGUUCAUAAGAAGACCUCUGUCCAAGACUUUGUCAAACAGUAUGAAUCAAUCUUGCAAGACAGGUAUGAAGAGGAAGCAAAAGCAGAUUCUGAUACUUGGAAUAAAUUGGCAACUUUAAAAACUCCUUCACCCUUGGAGAAGAGUGUUGCAGGGACUUUCACUCAUGCUGUAUUCAAGAAAAUUCAAGCUGAGGUUGUAGGUGCAGUUGCCUGUCAUCCUAAAGCUGACAGACAGGAUGAUACAACCACAGUUCACAGGGUUCAUGACAUGGAAACAAGUAAAGACUUUUUUGUUGUGGUGAAUCAAGUGAAGUUCGAGUUGUCUUGUAUAUGUAGGUUAUUUGAAUACAGAGGUUAUCUUUGUAGACAUGCAUUGAUUGUUCUUCAAUAUUCUGGACAGUCAGUGUUCCCGCCUCAAUAUAUUUUGAAACGGUGGACAAAAGAUGCAAAGCUCAGGAAUAUAAUUGGAGAAGAAUCUGAACACAUGCUAACUAGGGUGCAACGGUACAAUGAUUUAUGUCAGCGAGCACUGAAGCUUAGUGAAGAGGGAUCAUUGUCCCAAGAGAGUUAUAGUAUUGCAUUCCAUGCACUACAUGAAGCACACAAAAGUUGUGUGAGUGUUAACAAUUCUAGUAAGAGUCCUACAGAAGCUGGUACAUCAGGGGCUCAUGGUCAGCUUUCCACUGAAGAAGAUACACAAAGUAGAAAUAUAGGCAAGCCAAACAAAAAGAAGAAUCCAACUAAAAAGAAAAAGGUGAACUCUGAAGCAGAAGUGAUGACAGUUGGUGCCCUAGACAACUUGCAACAAAUGGAAAAAUUCAGCUCAAGAGCAGCAGUAACCCUUGAAGGUUAUUAUGGUACACAACAGAGCGUGCAAGGAAUGUUGAACUUAAUGGGACCAACUCGUGAUGAUUACUAUGGGAAUCAACAGACUCUUCAGGGGCUGGGACCAAUAAGUUCAAUACCAACCAGUCACGAUGGUUACUAUGGUGCACAUCAGGGCAUUUCUGGUCUGGCACAACUAGAUUUUUUGCGAACUGGCUUCACAUAUAGCAUUCGGGAUGAUCCUAACGUGAGAGCAACACAGUUGCAUGAGGAUCCAUCAAGACAUGCAUAAUUAUCAUAUUAUCCUUUUGGAACAAGGCUGAUGAAAUGAGAGCUACUAGAUGAUUUUCUGGCGUUGAGAAUGGAUACCUCUUGGCCAUUUGAGGUUAUAGUGGAAAAUCUCCAAAUCCAGUAUUUGUAAUAUAAUACUGUUAUAUUAAUAACAUAAUAUAGGAUAACUGCAAUUAAAGUCUACUAUAAAUAUUAAUAGAUAUUGUAAGGCUUUUUAGCGAUCAACCUCAUUUGGAGAUUGUUGUAUUAUAUACUUAUUCUUUAGGCUGCUUGAGAAAUUGUAAUUAUGAAAUAUUUGUUAGGAAUGAAGUAUUUCGCAUGCUUAUUUCCUUCAGUGCAAAUGAUAUACUCUUACAUUUA